AUGACCUCAAAACCAAACUCAAAUAAUGAUCAACUUCCGCCGGACUUUGACAGAGGAUCACAAGACUUUAAUCCCGUAACUGCAAUUUCCAGAGGAUCGCCCCAAAUGCAGGUUGCACGCAAAGAGAGCAGCUCAGGGUUUAUGCUUUUAAGCGUUAAACACCUCUCCAAAGCGAAAAGGGACAAGAACUCAAGUGUUAUGGCUACUAAUGGCGAAAAAAUGAGCCCUCUGGACGAACAAUUUGAUGACAGUUGCAUCGCUAAGUCGUCGUCGCUGGAAAGGGAUUACAAGGGGAACAAACAAAAUAGUUUUGAGCUGGGUCGGCAUUUUUCUUCAACUGCCUCUUUGGAUGCAGAAGAAUAUGACGAUGAUGAUGAAGAGGACUUAGGUGUGGCUUCAGAACAGGAAAACUUGAUUCUGCAUCAAAACGCUGCUAUUGGUAUCAAGCAAUGUGGGUCCUCGCUUGUUCACUGCCAGCCCCCCAACCUUAACCCUUGUCGGGCUACGCACGCUGAUUGCGUUGCUAAUGGUCAUCAAACAAUGGACAGCGUUCAGCCGGUCAUUGUCUCUAACCUUCACCCAAACCAGCCGGCGUCUAUUGAUGAAUUGAGACUUUCUUCAAAUUCCCAAAUACACGCACCCGUUGCACAAUCAAUCUACGACCUUCCGUCUCAACCAGCCAGCGAACAUGUUUACCAUCAGCCUAGCCAACCGACGAUGUUUCGCCGGCUUCAUUCAGAGGCCGGGUCCGGAACAUCUCAAGAGCCUCCUAUUCCUCCAGCAUCCCAUAAGCUCCCAUCGUUCCUUGCUAGUAGUCAACAACACUCUCAUCAUCCUGAGCUUUCUGCUGCCAAGCAUUCGGAUCCUUUAUUCGAUUCGUGUGCCCCUUCUUCUGUUGCUGCUGCUGUCACUAGCUCGAUGCUUCCAUCAAAUCAGCAAAACGUUUGCGCAGGCUUUCCUGAAACGGCCACACACCGGUUUGUUCGCGAAUUUAAUGAAGAACACCCCCGAUCUGCUUCUGAUGCCCCAAUCCCACCCACCCCAUUAUCUUCGCUUAAUGCACCAGUGCAACCCGCUUCACGUUUUCGCAAGGCCCGAAUACGUGAAACUGUCGAACAGUGGGGAUCCAACCGAUUGUCUUUUCACGACUGUCGUCUCAAAGCGGUACCUGACUGGGUAUCCUACCUCCAGACAAAAUCGGUAGAUACUUCGUUCAACCACCCAAUUCUUCAGCGUGGACGAUGUCUCUAUUGUUUUGUUCCUGGGAGUUUCGAUCUUCUCCAUUUGCUUCAGGCAGCUUUCACAGCCUAUCAUGCAUAUGCUUUACGGGGUUACAAUCUGUCUUCACUUCUUACCACUUGGUGUUCUGGCCAGCGGGCUUCGAACCAGGCACUCCUAGAACACGUGGAACGUUUGUCAUCGAACAUAACGAACCAUAGCCUCAAGGUAAAUGCAUCUGAUGGCCCGCUUCCACCUGAACAGAUUGGAAUGGCCUCACACACAGCUGCUAACAACUCAACGGAAGUAAAUGAGGGUAUUACGUGUAGUGGUGGUGAAGGCACCAGUUUAGAGGGUAUCACAAUGGUUUCUGGGUCUUCUCAUCACCAACAAACAACCUCUGCAGAUCAAGCCCUUGCGUCGGUCAAAUCACCUUUGAAAGCAAAUGCUGGAGAUCCAGAGGAAAGUGCCGCUCCUCGUGUUACUGAUCCAUCUGCUGCGUAUCUUCGACAUCAGCUCACGCGUAGUAUCAACAGCGGUUCCACUGGUGAAGGUGUUUUUAUGGAUGGACGAAUUCCUCAACCCUGUCCACCUGUACAGCAACGGACGGAUCCUUCAAUUAUUGAUCAGCAGUUUGUGCCCCCAACAAGUCCUGCGGGAAUUGGAAAAGCUACCGAUGUUCCCCAUAAGCCUGGAAUUGAUGGUGUCAAUGUCCCAUUACUGAGGCCGUUUGAUAAUGCAGGUUCAACUUCCAAACCUGAAACAGCAAUUGCAUCCGCUCCGCAUUCACCCGGUACUGAGUUAUCAGGACCGAAAAUUCUUCACAGCGUAGAGCCACCCAGCGGCCAGUCACCACUCUCUGAUGCGGUCCUUCAAGGCAAACAAAACGUAUCUGGGGGGCUGACAUUUACACAGCCCGGUGAACUUGGUGUACCAAGUAGUCUUGGCGCCUCCGACCAUACGUGA